AAAUAUAUAUUUUGUUGUGACUCAUCCCGGAUGCAUUUAUGGCCAUUUUUGUCUCUAAUAUAUUUCUUUUCACUUUUCUUGUUAAGUUGGGUUUCUAUUUAUUUUUACAAUCUUAAAAUUUUGUAUUUACAUAUUCAUGUCGGAAGAAAAUUGUUUUUUCAUGAAAAAUUUGUUUUUGUUUAUUACAAAAUCUAUUUUUCUUUUGAGUUUGCUUUGGAUCCCGAAUAUUGUCUGGGAGGGGGGGGGGUUAUAGUUAGCUUAUUCUGAAAAAUUUCGUCGACAUAUUUACAUAUUUACCAAUAAUUUUUAGAUUUAUUUUUUAAUUAUCAAAUUAUUUUAAACAAAGAUAUGCCUUUUUCCAAUGAUCAAAUUGAGCAAUUAAAGGAACAUUAUCCAACGGUGUCUAAUUUUAUUAAAUUUUUAUUUUGUUUUUUUUUUCAGUUAAUACAAAAUGGGGGUAGUGGAUAUAUAACAAAUGAUGAAUUAAAUGGAGCUUUGAAAAUUCUUGGAAUUGAUGUACCUGGUUAUCAAGCCAGAGAUUUAUUAGAGCGUUAUAAUUCUGGAAAUAAACAAAUAAGUUAUGAUAAAUUUAUUAUUAUUUUUGAUGAAAUUGAUUCACAACGAAAUGCGGAAAUUUCGCGAUGGAAGAAUCGAAUUGGGAGUGUUACUGGAGCUUAUCAACUCCAAGGGAUGGCCGAACAUGGAGCAGAUGAAAUUGUUCAUACAAUUCGUGUUGAGGAAGAAUUGGCAUUUUCUAAUUGGAUAAAUAGUAGUCUGUCAGAGGAUUCUGAUUUGAAAUCACUUCUUCCAGUCAAUCCGGAGGGUGGCGAUCUUUACACAAAAAUUCGUGAUGGGUUAAUUAUUUGGUAA